UCCAUUCUUAAAUUUCUGCAUCCCUCCUUCCGUAAUUCCAUUCCCUCCUUCCAGAAGAGAGCUGAGAGUGAUACUAUUGUGGCUGAUGCUCCAACUAAAGCUGAGAAUUAUGCUCAAAGGUAUGCUGACAUACUUGAUGACAUCAAGAAAGAUCCCGAAAGCCAUGGUGGACCGCCUGAUUGUAUUCUUCUCUGCCGGAUUCGUGAACAAAUUCUUAUAGAAUUGGGGUUUAGAGACAUAUUCAAGAAAGUCAAAGAUGAAGAGAAUGCCAAGGCUAUCUCCCUAUUUCCGGAUGUAGUUCUUCUUAAUGAUGAUAUUGAGGAUGAAGGGAAGCGACUGGAGAAUCUAGCUAGAGGAAUAUUUGCUGGAAACAUAUUUAAUCUUGGUUCUGCACAGCUUGUUGAGGUUUUCUCAAGGGAUGGGAUGUCCUUCUUGGCUACUUGUCAAAAUCUUGUUCCUCGUCCUUAGGUCAACUAUCUUUACGUCUGUCC